AUGGCCCACCGUCAAUCAAUCACAUUCUCACUUUCUGUCACAUUGGUCUUAUUGACGGCCUCCAUGGCACUCAUCGCUAGCAGGGCCGGGGCAGCCUACAGCCACCUAUCCAGGCCCCAUAAGGGCACCAACCUGAUGCUUGCUGCAGUGUGCACACGAACUGACUACCCGGCCCUCUGCAUGUCCUUAGCCAGGUCCACGACGAGGAACCGUCCAGUCACCGUUGCAGGGGUGGCCAAGCAGGCCAUCAUGGUCACGAUUGUCAAGACCAAGCAGGCUCGGGCCCUGGCUGAUAAACUCAUGGCAGCCUCAGCCCGCGACCCAAUGCAGCAGGCGAACCUCAAAGUGUGUGGCGAGGUCUACAAAGACGCCCUCAGCAACCUCUCGAAGUCAACCAGGAACCUCAAGGGCCGGUCCAUAGCAGACCUGAAGAUCAACCUCUCGGCCGCCUUGACAGACUAUAUGGUGUGUGAAGACGGGUUCUCGCAGACACCAGGAGCUAAAUCACCACUGAGAAGUUGGAAUUCUCUCUUGAGCCAGUUUGCAAGCAACAACCUGGCACUGGCCAGCAGCCCCAUGCGUUAG